AUGUCCACUGAAAAGUUGUUUGAGGACUUGGAUGAAGAUUCCCUGAUGCAGGAUGUUGAAGGGGGGGUGGAAGGAUCCAUGACUAUUGAGGAAGAGCCCGAACCGAAUGACGAGAAAGAGGCUCCUCACAUUUCUAUGCCUUCCCUACCAGAAUACACAAGAAAGGACAAGACUUUGGAAGAAAUACUAGAGAUGAUGGAGGACGAAGAAUUCACGCCAAUUAUUCCCGAUGCAGUUACAGACUAUUAUCUUGCCAAGAAUGGAUUUGAAACUUCAGAUAUCAAAAUCAAAAGAAUUUUGGCUUUGGCUACCCAAAAGUUUAUCAGUGAUAUUGCCCAAGAUGCGUACGAAUAUUCAAGAAUACGUUCUUCCAGUAGUGUGUAUACUAGUGCCAAUCCUCAAGCCCGCGCCAGGCAAUUGGUGGCCGGACAGCAACAACAGCAACAGCAACAACCGCAGCAGCAGCAGCAACAACAACCUCAAACGGGAGCUUCACAGCCAGCGCCGACAGUAGGUGGUAGUGGAGGGGGAGGAGGAGGAGGAGGAGGAACAAGUACGGGCACUAACAACAAGGUAGUGCUAACAAUGGAUGAUCUACGGUCGGCACUAGGGGAAUAUGGAAUCAACGUCAAGCGACCUAACUUCUACAGAUAG